UAGGGAUGUGGUUGCUUUGGCUGAUGAUUCUUCCACCACCACCCUACCAACCCCUGGCUCUAUUCUUUUUAAAUUCACAUUUUUAAUUCAAUUAUAAAUCUUUUUAAUCCCUAAAAAGUCCCUUUUGCCACUGAAACCGAUAUUUUUAAUUUAUUUAUUACCAAUUCAUCAGUUCAAAGCAACAACAACACUACAAAGUAGUAGGAUCAGGAAUCUCAGGAAGCUCCAGGGACAAAACAAAGUCUCGAUCUUUAAGAUGAGAGGUGGGAGUCUAUGGCAGCUAGGGCAAUCCAUAACCCGUCGUCUAGCUCAAUCCGACAAGAAAGCUCUGUCACGCCGCUGCUUCUCCUCUGACGCCGACCUUAAAAAGACAGCUCUUUACGACUUCCACGUCGCACACGGUGGAAAGAUGGUUCCUUUCGCUGGCUGGAGCAUGCCGAUUCAGUACAAAGACUCCAUCAUGGACUCGACCGUUAACUGCAGAGUCAAUGGCAGUUUGUUUGAUGUUGCUCACAUGUGUGGUUUGAGCCUCAAGGGCAAAGACUGUGUUCCUUUUCUCGAGACGCUCGUGGUUGCUGACGUGGCUGGUUUGGCUCCUGGGACCGGGAGCUUGACGGUGUUCACGAACGAGAAGGGAGGUGCUAUUGAUGACUCGGUGAUUACCAAAGUGACGGAUGAGCAUAUCUAUUUGGUGGUGAAUGCUGGUUGUAGGGAUAAGGAUUUGGCUCAUAUUGAAGAGCACAUGAAGGCUUUUAAAUCCAAAGGUGGUGAUGUCUCUUGGCAUAUUCAUGAUGAUAGAUCUCUUCUCGCCCUUCAGGGUCCUUUGGCUGCUCCGGUGCUUCAACAUUUGACUAAAGAAGACUUGAGCAAGCUUUACUUUGGGCAGUUCCAGAUUCUGGACAUUAAUGGUUCCACUUGCUUCCUUACCAGGACCGGGUAUACUGGGGAAGAUGGGUUUGAGAUCUCGGUUCCAUCCGAGCAUGCAGUUGAUUUAGCCAAAGCAAUCCUGGAGAAAUCCGAGGGAAAAGUAAGACUCACAGGCCUAGGAGCAAGAGACAGUCUCAGGCUAGAAGCAGGGCUUUGUCUCUACGGCAACGACAUGGAGCAACACAUUUCUCCUGUCGAAGCUGGGCUCACAUGGGCCAUAGGGAAACGCAGAAGAGCCGAAGGAGGGUUUCUUGGAGCUGAUGUGAUCCUCAAACAGCUUCAAGAUGGACCAACGAUCAGAAGAGUUGGAUUCUUCUCUUCGGGACCACCAGCAAGGUCGCAUAGCGAGGUGCAUGAUGAAAGUGGUAACAAGAUUGGUGAGAUCACGAGUGGUGGGUUUAGUCCCAACUUGAAGAAGAACAUUGCCAUGGGGUAUGUUAAGUCGGGUCAGCAUAAGAAUGGGACCAAAGUUAAGAUCGUGGUCCGUGGGAAGCCUUAUGAAGGCAACAUCACUAAGAUGCCGUUCGUGGCUACCAAAUAUUACAAGCCGUCAUGAUGUGGGUGUCUUCUUCGUCUGUGACUUGUGUCUCUUGCUUUUCUUGAAUGACUUCUGUUUUCUUUGUUCUGAUUUGGCAUGAAAGUGUACGUUCUUUUUGCCAAGAGGGUAUUUGCUUGUUUCACUGUUAUUGAAAUAAAAUUUUAACACA